AUGGUGGGAGCCCGAGCCGGCCGCCACCCGGUGCUCGUGUUCGUCCACGGCGAGUCCUACGAGUGGGGCACGGGCAACGCCUACGACGGAUCCGUCCUCGCCGCUCACGCCCGGCUCGUCGUCGUCACGCUCAACUAUCGUCUCGGCAUUCUCGGCUUCCUCCGCCCCGGCGUCCGCAAGAAGACCCUGGGAAACUUCGGCCUGCUGGACAUCGUGGCGGCGCUGCAGUGGGUGCAGGAGAACAUCGAGGCCUUCCACGGCGACCCGGGCAACGUGACCCUCAUGGGUCACGGGACAGGGGCCGCCUGCGUCAACCUGCUCAUGACAUCGCCCAUCGCUCACGGGCUGUUCCAGCGAGGGAUCCUCAUGAGCGGGUCCGCCCUCGCCCCCUGGGCCAUGGCGCACGACCCCGUCACCGUGACCCUGGACGUGACCCGUGCCCUCGGUUGCCCCCUGGAGGACGGGGGCGAGGACACCGCCGCCUGCCUCAGGUCCAGGUCGCUCGACGACCUGCUCAGCGUUCGGGUGCAGGGCACCCGGCACACGACGACCUUCGGCCCGAUCGUGGACGAGAUCGUGAUCAUGUCGGAGCCCCGGCGGAACCUGGAGAUCUACGGCGACCUGUUCGCGCGCCACCACCUCCUCCAGGGGGUGGUGGCGGCGGAGAGCUACCACCUCUUCAGCGCCCGGCAGCUCCAGUUCGGGCUGCAGGAGAGGCAGAGGGAGCAGAUGAUCGGCAGCUUCCUGCAGAAUAAUUACCCGCUCAGGCCCAAGGAGAUUUUUGCAGUACCGACUACACAUGUUUACCUGCUUCGCGCUUCCUUCCCGGCUCCACCCCACUUCUUCCCGUUCUCCAUCACAAUACACAACCAGAACGCUACGCCCUCAUUCUCCCCCUCUCCACCAAAGGGCUCCUCUCCCACCAGCCACCUCUACCAUAAGAACCCGUCGUCCACCAUCCGCUCUACACCCUCCACGACUCCCACGCCCAUCCUCAACGCCAUCUCCACGAACCUCCAACACUUUAAACUCCCACACCCCCGACCUCCCCACCCGACCCUGAUCGCUCUCUCCUCCCUUCCCCCAGCCGUGAUGGUGGAAUACACCGACUGGAACGAGCCGGGCUCCGACACCGGCGGCGGGAUGCGGGAGAAGGCCAUGGACAUCUUCUCCGACGCCCUCUACGUCGCCCCCCAGGUCCGGCUGGCCGACCUCCACUCCGCCGUGCAGCUCCAGAGCUACUUCUACGUCUUCACGCAUCAGUCCCGCGAAGGGCUCUAUCCCGAUGCUUACGGCUGCAUCCACGGGCAAGAGCUGCCUUACGUGUUCGGCGCCCCCCUGGUCGGAGGACUGGGACCAUUCCAUUCCAACUUCACGGCCACGGAGAUCCUUCUCUCCGAACUCGUCAUGACUUAUUGGUCCAAUUUCAUCCACAGCGGUAUUUUAUGCAUCAAGCGAGACCCGAAGAGAGGAAAACCCGGACUCGAAAAGGCAGGAGUGUGCAAAAAUUUGAACGAUUCCGCGUUUCGCGAUACGGUCGGUCUUGCACGGAUCCCCGCUCGGAUCGCGAGAGGCUUGCACGAACUCCCCGUCGGUCUCGGUCUUCGCCCGAACGUGAGGUCGCGUUACCGCGCGGACAAGGUCGCGGUCUGGAACGUUCUCCUGCCGGAACUGCUCCGAAUGGGCGUGGACACGGCGGCGGUGGGCUCCUUCUACCCGAGUCAGGAGCCUCCGGUAGGGUGGCCCAGGUCCACCACUCGUCCGCCCUACUGGGUGACCGGGCAGCAUCCGGUCGCCCAGGAUCGAGUCGACGACACGCCGCAGGGAAACCGGUCCGUGUCGACCCUGGCGGCCGGAUUCCGCGUCGGCGGGAACGGCAUCGCCCUCAGCAUCGUCCUCGUCGUCGGCCUCAGCAUGCUCUGCCUCAACCUCUGCAUCUUCGCCGGGAUCUACUACCAAAGGGACCAGUUGCGGCAGAAGGCCCUGCUGCUCAAGAGGCACUACGUCCUCAAGACGGAGACGGACCUCGAGGCCGAGCGAGAACUGGACAAGAUCCUGGAGCUGGACAAGAGGAAGAAGCGGAAGAAGCAUCCCGUGAAAGAGACCCGAAUCGACGAAUGCCUCCAGACGUCCGACCCCGAAUCCCCGGACGAAUCCCCGGUGGAUCCCGCCCCGACGACGCCUCGCAAGACUCCGACCGGCGCCCACCGGAGCCCCCCUCCGGACGAACGCGAGGAGCCCCCCCCGCCCCCCGGCCCCCCUCCGGACAAACCCCCUCGGCAGGCAGAGACCCAAGCCCAGAUCGAGAACCAAGUGUACGCGACGGUUCACCCCAGACGCUCCCGCAAGGCCCGAUCGGAGGCCCCAGCCGACCGAUACGCCACCAUCUCCGGCAUCUCCACCCCCGGCGACAAGGUGCACGUCAGCAGCAGCACCCUCACCCUCCGCGUCACCGACCAGGGCAUCGUCAAGGCGAAACCCAAAGCGGAGAGCAUCCAAGCCAAGUCCGUCCCCAACAUCCUCCAGCAACCUGGAGACCCGAGUCGUCCGGACGCCACAGACCCGAAGCUCAAGCCCUUCCCCAACGUCGUCCAGCAACCUCGACGACCGGGAACCUCCACCCUCGACCACCCCAAGCCCAAGAUACUCCCGAGGCAGGAAGAGCUACCCGACUACCACCGACCUCCAUCCCUUCAGGCCGGACCCCGCAGCGUCACCGACCCCACUCCCCCGCCCCUCAUGUUCCGCCUGCAGAAGUCAAGCUCCGCCAGCGCCGCCACUCCCCGCCGGGACCACGGCAUCCUCAAGGACCACUCCAAGUACGACUCCGCCGACAUCCCCAAGAGCGUCCGGCUCCCCAAGCAGAAACGCAAGUCCACUCCCGUCCGACUGCCGCAACUCCCGAGCACCGAGUCCAGCGACACCAUCAACAGCAGCCAGAGUUCCUUCAACGUCCUCGCGCCUGCCAAUAAAUUCUUUCGCAAAAAGUUGCCCAAGACGACCGAGAACGUGCCAUCCUGA